AUGUACAAUCUUCCUCCGUGGUUAGUGAUGAGAAGAAAGUUUUUGAUGCUCACGUUAAUGAUUUCAGGCCCAAAACAACCGGGACACGAUAUAGAUGUUUAUUUGGCACCAUUAAUUGAUGAUUUGAAAGAUUUGUAUGAAAAUGGUGUUGAGGCAUAUGACGGUUUUAAGAAAGAAGUCUAUCGACCUGCCCCCAACGCAGAUGAUCAUUUUCAUCAAACCGAAGACUAUCCUUUUGAUGAAGAUGAUGGAUCAUCAAUUUAUGAGUCUCCGCCACCACCGACCUAUGAAGUUUAUUUGUGUUCUGAUAAUAUUGACAAUGUGGUGGCUAAAGGUGUACUCAUUGUACCAAACAUGGGUAGCCAAAUUACCGUCCAUGGAAAUGUACUUGAUGAUUCAGUUGCGAGGGUUUGGCUUAUAGAUGUCUUACAAGAAGAAGCUGAGAUCCCUAUUCCCUUUGGUAACGUACGAUAUGUUGGGGACGCACGAGACACAUUCUUGCCUUGGCCUAAAAAUUUAAUUGUGGCUUGUCAGGGUCCAUCUUCAUCUAAUCACAAAUCCCUAUCUCGAAGCCCACAUUUAUCAUCAGUUGGAUCUCACGUAGUCAUCCCCGCUGAAAUAACUCAACCAGAACCUUCAAAUUGGUUAACAGAUAACCAAUGCGACAAAAUUGAUAUGAGUCUAAAAUUCAUAGUGAAGGAGUAUUAUUCCAAUAAAGGAAUAGAUGGGGUUGUACAAGUUCCCGUUGACCCGGAGUUUAUAGGAGAACGCGAGGCUAUCUUCAUCACUUCGGAAGACGUUUAUCAAGCAGCCUCCAUGGAUAAUAUUGGAUCCUCAGCUAUGCUGUUUGGUAUGAGAUGCAUUUGGGAAAGCAUGCACCCAAAUUCACGACAAUUAUAUAAAUUUUUUGACACCGAACAUCUUUCUAUUGGCAAUGAUGAAAGUAAAAACUAUACGGUGGAUCUUAUAGCCAAAUGGAUGAUGACUAUGGAUAGACGAGGCCAAAUAUAUUUCAUUCCUUGGAUUGUUGAUCGACAUUGGAUGUUGGUGCUCGUGAUGAUGCGGGGGAUGACCAUAAUUUUGGACCCUUUAAAAAAUCAUAAAUCUCCACCAAUAAUUACGGAGGUUAUGGAAAAAGCAUACGCACAAUGUUUGGAAAAUGAAUACAUCGGCACAUUUACAAAAUUGGUGAGAGGUUCUUGUCCAAAACAACCUGAAAGUCAUGAAUGUGGUUAUUAUGUACUAAGAUACAUUUAUGAUCUUGUAAAUGCACCGAAUCCAGCAGAAGUUAUCAAGAAGAAAUGGUUUGACAAAAAGCAAUUCAAUGUCAAAGAGGAUCUACUACCACUACAAAGUGAUUGGUUAGCUAGAUUAAUGCCAUUUGUUUAUGAAAACUAAAUUUUUGUAUGUAUGUAAGAUUAAAGUGCUAACUUAUAUUGGUUAGAAUGAUUAAAGUCUUUAAUUCA